AUGGAUUUCGAGAUGCCGACGGUGCGGGAGCUGCUCGUUUCUGUCUUUCUCAUUUCCAUACCCUUUCAGCUGCAUUAUCUUGUUUGCUUCGUCAUCUUCAGACACACUCUACGGAGCAAGAGGCCGGGGAAGAUACCACCAACCGUUCCCACUACCUUGCCUCUCCUCGGAAACGUUCUGGCAUUCGUCUGGAACCCGGUCAAGUUCAUAGAAGCAACCGUAAACAGCGAACCGGGCAGCCAGCAGCAGAAUCCAGUGCAGCUCAGGCUGGGCUUCCGCAGUGUGUUCCUCGUGCAGGGGCAGGAGAACGUCAAGCAGCUCUGGAAGGAGAAGUCCAUCACUUCGGCCAACGGCACCUUCUACUAUGCGCUGCGCUACCUCUUCGGCAUGAGCGCCAGAGCGAGCCGGCGCUACUUGCUCGACGACUCUGGAACGGCACACAAGCCGCAGGCGCAGAGCCGGACGGCGCACAACAACCGCAUCGCGUACGGCAACCAUCGGUUGUUCGCCGAGUUCCUGACCGGGCCGGGGCUGGGCCCGCUGGUGGGGCGGUUCGAGCGCGGGCUGGCCAAGCGUGUGCGCGAGCUGGAGGUAGGCGGCGCGUGGGUGGCCAUGGACAACUUCCUCGAGCUCUUCACCCUCGACUUCACCGGCGUCGCGCUCGAGGCCAUCUGCGGGCCGGUGUUGCUGGCGCUCGACCCGGACUUCACGCGGCGCUUCUGGGAGUAUAGCAACGGCAUGUCGAGCUUGUCGAAGCAGCUGCCGCGCCUGUUCGCCCCGCGGGCGUACGCGGUACGCGACUCCCUGGUGGAGAGCGUGCGGCGUUGGCACGAGUACGCGCGCGAGCGGUUCCGGCCCGAGGACGUGGCGGCCGACGGCGACGCCGAUCCAUACUGGGGCUGUCGCUUCUUCCGCCGGCGCCAGGAGGUCCUGCUGGCCGUCGACGACUUUGACGAGCGCGCGGUUGCGGCCGAGGACUUUGCCGCCAUCUGGGGGUUCAAUCACAAUGUCAUCCUGGCCGCCUUCUGGGCCGCCGCCGAGAUAUUCCGCAGCCCCGCCCUGCUCGCCCGCGUGCGCGCCGAGGCGGCUGCCUGCGCCAGCGCUGCGUCGCCCGUGGGCUUCGACGUCGACCGACUAGUGGAGCAGCCGCUGCUGCAGUCCAUCUUCGCCGAGACGCUGCGCCUGCACGUGCACAUCUACAACAGUCGCAGCACAGGCACCGCCCCCGUGCCGCUGGGCGACUGGACCAUCCCGCCCGACAGCGUCAUCCUGCUGUCGUCGUCGCCCGCCCACCUGGACCCCAACGCCUGGAACGCAGGCCGCCACGGCGAGCACCCGCUCGACUCGUUCUGGCCCGACCGCUUCCUCGUCUACCCGGGCGACCCCUUCAGCGGGCCCAAGAAAAAGGUUCGCCCUCCGACUGCGCCCAAUUGCAAGGCAGCCGGCCACCCCGGCACCCCGGUAUUCCAGCUGGACGCCUCCAUGGCCGGCUCGUGGAUCCCAUUCGGCGGCGGCGCCCUGACCUGUCCGGGCCGCCAUUUUGCGAAGCGCCAAAUGCUACUGAUGUGCGCGCUGCUGGCCCGCGAUUUUGACAUUGAGAUACUAGCGGCGGAUAAGGCGCUGCAGAACGAUUGGCACACCUACGGUUUCGGCUCGCAGAAGCCAGUGGGGCGGGUACCCUACCGCAUCCGGAGGCGCCCUGCAUGCGAGUUGUAG